AUGGAUUUUUUUCAGGUCCUGGGUGGUGAGCAGGCUGGACAAGUUGACCCAACGGGAGCUGGACACCUUCGCGUUACACCUGAGAAACUCCGGGGAGGAUCCCAGAGUCCCGCAGCUGGAUGUGGAAAGAGCCUCCACGACCUCGACACUGGCCGACCUGCUGCUGCAGAAUUAUUCCCUUUCCGAGAUGCCCAGGGUAUUACGCCGGGUGUUCCAUCAGAUGGGCCGAGAGGACCGAGUAGAAGAGUGGGAUUGCUGUAUGGGGGCAUCUGGAAACAAGGCAGUCAUGUCCCACCAGAGCUCCCAGAAAAGAGUAAGAAUACCUGCUGCAUUCCAGAAAAAGACCAAUGGAAAACAAACAGGAGGAAAAGGGAAGAGAGUGGUAGAACUGAGGAAUGCUAUAACAUGGACCAAAGUCGUAAGACCUUUGUGAUGUGUGUGAAGGAUGGCAGACCAGGAGCUGAAAACGAUUUAAACCUAAUAACAAACUGGCUUAAAAAGUGCAAGUUUGAAUAUAUAUCAUGUAUAGAUCCUAAUGAAGCAGAAUUAACUAAAGAAUUAAGGAAUUUUCGAGAUGGAAUAAAUGGAAUAAAUGAUGGUGUUAGCUGUUGUCUUGUUACUCUUAUGGCGCAUGGAGGAGAAGGCUUUAUAAGAACAAGAUUGGACGAGAGAGUCAAUUUAUCAGACAUUUUUGAGAUGUUCAACAAUGAAAACUGUCCAGCACUUCAAGAGAAACCAAAGAUUUUUGUAAUCUAGGCUUGUAGAGAAGUUCGAAGAGAUGGUGGCGUUGUUCUAACUGACGAUGAACCAAUGGACCUGGAUUAUUCCGAGAAAAAGCGACUUCCCACAUUCAGUGAUUACUAUAUCAUCUAUCCCACCCAGAAAGAUCAUGUUGCUUUACACCACCCAAAAGAUGGUUCUGUGAUGAUUCAAGCAAUAAAUGAAGUCUUUGAGUAGCAUGGAAUGAAGUGGCAUAUUGCAGAUUUUUUUACUCAAGUGAACAAUAAAGUGGUGCACACAGACUAUUAUUACGUGGAUAAGAGUCCCAUAAAAGUAGUACUGGUCAUGGAGUCCACUCUCACCAAAGCUGUGUACUUUUGACACUUGGAGGAGGAAGAAAAGGAAGUGAAAAAAGAAAAGGAGGAGGUGGAAGAUUUUAAAUAUAAAAUAACUUCUUUGUGUAUUUACAUUGUGCUUCACAAUGUAUAAAACACUGGCUCUUCUAUUGAUUGGAACCUGCUGUGGAAGUUUCUAAGAUUGUUGUUUGUCCUUUGUUCUUGAAGACCAGGAUAUCAAGGAGAAAUUAAUUGGCUUUAAGUGAGGAAAGGCUGUGCAAUGUCACUUGCUUCAUUUUCUCCUCCAGUAUAAAUUAGUGAAAGUAGAUUGUGAGUAAAGACAGAUAUGAAUCAAAGACAAUUCUCCUGACAGAAGUUAUUUCUUUUAAAAGAUGAAUCUCUCUAAUUGUUCUAUAUUUAAUUGGUUCAAGAUUUUUUAAAAAAUGAUUUAUUUACUAAUUGAACUUUUAAUUCCCUGUCAUUAAAAAAAAAAUUUAAACCUUUAUUCUCUCAGUCAUUUCAAAUUUUCCCAGCCACAGGAUGAUACAGAGAAGGACAAGAAAAGUCCCUGAUAUCAAGGAACUCACAAUCUAGUGGGAGAGACAAAUAAAUGACUAUGUUUCUAUAUAUUUGUGUAUAUACAUAGACAUAUGUGUAUGUUUAUGUAAAUAUGUAAUACAUACCCCACUAUUUCUA